AUGACUCCAGAAGGAGAAGCGUCGAGCAGCAAUGCUCCGCCCCCUGUCCAGUACUACAACACAUUUCCACCAGGAGAAUAUGAUGGAGAAGACGGGAAUUUGCCUCCAGAAUACGGUCCAUUUGAUGAAGUUGAACCACUCAUCGAACCGGAACAACCCAUGAAAAUUCGGACUUUGGUGACAGCCGUCGGGCUGACCGUCUUGGUGUUUACACUGUUGAUAUCGACAGUUGCAUUCGCUUCACUCUAUUUUCAUUUGUUGAUGCAGAAUUCGGGGCGUCUCCCCCGUUGGCCGGGUCCGUCAAUCUCUCCCCUUGGAAAGUACUCGAAGGCGGCAGUGGCGGCGGAUAACGAGAUUUGUUCUGAAAUUGGGAGAAACAUCUUGCUGAAAGGAGGAAAUGCAGUGGAUUCGGCGAUCGGCUCGUUGUUUUGUAUCGGUGUGAUGGACACCCAUUCGGCGGGAAUCGGCGGAGGACACUUUAUGACUAUUUAUAAUGCAACCACAAAACAAUGUACCGUAAUAGAUGCACGUGAAGUGGCUCCCCUGGCUGCCACCGAAGACAUGUAUCGAGACAAAUGGAAUCAGUCGAGAAUCGGAUGGAAGGCUAUCGCCGUGCCGGGAGAGUUGCAUGGUUUGAGGACGGCUUUUGAGAAAUUUGGGAGUGGAAAAGUCGAGUGGAGACAUCUGUUGAAACCGACUAUUGAUUUGUUGGUUGAAGGCUACCCCACAUCCCACGCUCUCGCCAAAGCUCUCAACCAAAACGAGGCCCAAAUCCGUGCGGAGCCAACAAUGAAGAAUUUCAUCAAUCCGGAAACGGGUCGAGUCUUCCAACCGGGGGAACAGAUAAAAACUCGUCAGAAUCUACUAGAAACCAUUCGUCUUCUAGCGAAUUCCUCGGAUCCCAUUAAAGAAUUUUAUGAGGGAAAAAUUAUGGAGAAUCUGGUCAAAGAAUUCCGGGAAAAUGGAGGAAUUAUUACUUCCCAGGACUUUAAAAACUAUCGAUCGAUAAUCCACUCAACGGAAAACGUGAUCUACACAAAACUGAAAAAUGGGCGUGCCGUUUGUGGGGCUCCGCCCCCUUCGGGCUCGGCGGUGGCUCAGGCGAUAUUAAAUGUGAUGGAUGGAUUCGAGUAUGAUAUGAAGUCAUUCUCAGACAUUGCCACGUUAUACCACCAUUUUCUGGAAUCUUCGAAAUUCUCGUAUGCGGCGAGAAGUUGGUUGGGAGACCCGAGUUUUGUGGCGAAUGCAACUGCGAUCGCCAGAAAUAUUACGUCGAAAGGAUGGGCGGAUUGGGUGAGGACAAAAAUCACCGAUGAGACACACCCCGAUGAUUAUUAUGGAGGAUCGUUUGAGGCGCCACCGGUAGAUCAUGGAACAACACAUGUUUCGAUUAUUGAUGCACUAGGGAAUGCGGUGUCCGUCACUUCGACUAUUAAUUUGUAUCUCGGCGCUCUCGUCUCAUCUGAAUCGACUGGAAUACUGUGGAAUAACGAAAUGGACGAUUUCUCCACACCUGGACACCCCAACUUUUUUGGAUUCCCACCGUCGCCCGCCAACUUUAUUCGACCUGGAAAACGACCGAUGAGUAGUCAGAGUCCAUUGAUAAUCUACAACACAAACGGCACAGAACUGAUGGCUGUUGGUGGAGCCGGUGGCUCCACCAUCAUAUCAGGUGUCGCCGGUGUCGCCCUCCAUGCGUUAUGGCUUAAGGCAGAUGUUAAGCAAGCUGUCGACGCGCCAAGAAUGCAUAAUCAAUUGCAGCCCAACUACACAUGGUACGAGCCGAACUUCCCCAAAGCCUACGUAAAGUCACUAAUCGAUCGUGGUCAUUUGAUGAAAGCCGUCAAUAAUCUUACCGUAAUCACCGCCGCCGAACGACUCGCCGACGGUCAGAUCUACGCGAAUUCGGAUUUCCGGAAGGGGGAGGAGUCGGCGCCGGCCGGUUAUUAA